AUGAUGAAAAUACUCAAAUUUGAUGGCGACUUACUGGCAAAGACGUUAAAUGAAAUCCUCAAUGUUGUUGAAAUACAGGGUGUUCAGUGGCAUCGUUUUAAGGAACUGAAUAAGCUUCUUAAAGGAUUCCGAACCCAUGAGAUGACCGUCCUUUCUGGCAAGACUGGAGUGGGCAAGACAACUUUUGCUUGUGAGUAUUCCCUUGAUCUUGCCGAACAGGGUGUUCGAACCCUCUGGGGUAGUUUCGAAAUGCCUUUACCGCGUAUCUGUCGCACUCUUCUACAUCAAUUUGCAGGCGAGCAGCUAUGUCCGCAGUCAUCCAUGCGCGUUGCAGCUUGGGCAUCAGCCUUUCAGCACGAAGUGCCAAUGUUCUUUUUAAGCACACAUGGUCGGCCGUCUGAGAAGGAGGUUUUUCUUGCUUUGGAGGAGAGUGUUAAGCGUGAUGGAAUUGAACACGUAAUUCUAGACAACCUACAAUUCAUGAUGGGCUGUACUGGAAGUAGAGGGAUGGAGGAGAAAUUCCAGAGACAGGACCGCUUCGUAGAGCGUUUGCGUGGCUUCGCUACCGACAGUGGCGCCCAUCUCACUCUUGUGGUGCACCCGCGCAAGUUGGAGAGCGACCAUCUGCUGACCAUCAACUCCCUCUAUGGCGGUGGGAAGAUCGGUCAGGAGGCUGAUAACAUUCUUUUGAUGCAAGAGGAGGUGGACACUGCUGUCCCAAAAAAGUACCUUCAGGUAAAGUCGUAUUUCGUCAGUGAUCGUUACCUUCCAAUGGCUGCCCAAAUUACUGUUAUUUCAGUAAAUGCCAUCGAGAUUCCACCCGCUAGGAAACGAGUGCCUUGCAUGCAUUAUCCCGUAUCCCAUUUUGCCCAACAGGUGGUGAAAAAUCGCUACGAUGGAACUGUAGGUAAGAUGGAUCUGCAUUUCAAUCGUUCGCGGUUGUCAUUCAGGCCCUCCUCUCGAAGUUUACAAGUUCUCCAAACAAUCUCAGAAGCUGUUGACUGA